AUGAACAAGCUCGUCUCACUCUUGACUCUGGUCUCAGCCGUGUUGGCCCUUCCUCUUACAUCCUACGAUGAAUGUGAGAAGGCUUAUAACGCUUGCAUCGUGGCUGGAACACCAGAAGUAGCAUUCUCUUGCACCCUGACAGCCUGUGUUGGCGAAGAUAGUGCACGAAUUCGCGAGUAUUGUUCUUCUGCCACGGCAUCUCUUGCGCAGCCCACCAAGACAGAGAUUGCAUCUGCCAGUAAGAACGACACAGUUCCCGUUGAGACCUUCACUCCCAUCCCUGGUAUACCAGGAGGUUGCAAUCCUGCUCUUCCUGGAUCAUGCCCACUGCCUUAUCAUACGGGACUUCCCCCGACCUUCACCCCAAUCCCUAUUGUCCCUGGGGGAUGCAGCCCGGCUCACCCAAAACUUUGCGUUUCAGCUCAUAUCACCUACACAGCAACUUCAGCCGCAACUCACCCCUCCUUUCCCGUCCCGACCAACGGCACUCAACCAGUGGCUAGUAUAUACCCUAGCCCCAUACCUGUUGUCGGCAAGACUUGGGCAAUCCAGAAUCUCACGCGUUAUUGCGGUGAAGACGGCCAUGGAUGUGACUAUAACUUUAUAGUUGAGGCUGAUGGCAAGACUGAGCGAUGUACUAUCGUCCGUAUGGCUGGCUCCAGUGCUUCUACAGAAAGCUGGGCCAACAAACCUUGCACUAAUGGAUCUAGCUUUAGUAUCUCUUGGGGCUAUGCUACUGAGCCUUCUCCUCCUUUUGCUGUCAUCAUUGUCGUGAGAGAUAAGGAGCUUGCUUGGUUCGGCGUGAGCGAUGUGAACGGCCAGCAGGUCACACCAUCCAACCCCUACGGCUCCGGGGACUAUGGAUCCCUGGGGCCGGAACAGGUUUACACCCACUAG